AUGUUUUAAUAAAUCGGUUGGAUGGCAGGAGUUUCAAAAAGGGGAAAUGGCCAGUAUCACAAAAAUCAUGACUUGUUACACCACAUUAACCCUGAAUAAAUAAAAAUAAAAAUUCCAGGCCAUGCUGAAUGCAUUGAUGGAACUAGUGCCUUUCUAAAUGCAGGAGGCAUAUUAACAAUCAAACAAUUGUUAUUCGCUCUUAUGUUGCCUUCUGGGAAUGAUGCAGCACUUGUUCUGAGUUUCACUAUAGCCUACUUGAUGAUAUUGCAAAAGACCGAGGUUUAUCAAUAUAAUAGACACUUGAAAGGCACAAUCAUCGACAUCGAGCCGCAGAUUGAAAGAAACAAGAAGUUACUCAAACACACGUUCCUUGAUCAAAUGAACAAACAUGCCAGUUCGAUCAAGAUGGAGAAUACUAAUUAUUCUUCUGUCCAUGGUUUGAAUGAUGAGAAGAAUGUCUCGUGUCCUCAUGAUAUAAGUAAAUUGAUAGAGAAGUGCAUUUAGUUGGAUGUAUUCCUCGAGAUCAUAACGACAAAAAUAUUUAAGACUCAUGCUCUGACUGAUAAAGGAGGCAAGUCGACUUUGUACAAAUGGAAAAAUACGAACAAGUUACUGAAGAAGUCUGGUUGGAUGGGAGUGAAGACUGGGGUUACUCCUAAUGCUGGACCUUGUUUCACGGGAUAUUACAAGAAUGAUAAUUUGGAGGCGAUAAUUGUUGUUUUAAAUUGUUCUUCGAUGAACUAAAGAUUUAGAGAUGCAGAAGUAUUACUUGCCUCAGCAUUGAAAUGAUAAAAUUAAUUUAUUUAUUUAUAUAUUAAAAUUAUAUUAA